AUGCCCGAGUCAAGAACUCUUCAAUCGAAAGAAAUUCUCAAGAAACUGCGGCUGGAGGUGAUCAAAUUCGUAAGCGUUUGUCUAUCUUUGAUCUUUUCAAUUUCCGUUCUUUCCUACGGAGUCAUUCAAAGUAAAAAUUCGGCUCAUUACGGAACGAGCAUGUCAAAUGGUCGGAUCGGUGACGGCACAUUUAGAGUACUACCAGAAGAUGCUCCGAAGAAAAGCGCCCAAGAUUUUCAAAUAGAAUUACCGGGCGUUUUCAGAAACGAAGAAGCCCUGCAAAAAUAUGUACUUGGCUUUGUCGCUGACUUAUCUGACCCAGAUAAGAUCGAGGAAGAAUACGAAGAGUGGAAGGAAAAGUAUGACAAAGGCAAGAUCGGGAUAGACGACAAGAAGACAAUCUCUUUGCAAUAA